UUAAGUGUCAUCCCGAUCCUAACUUUCGAACAGUGCGCGCUUAAUUUGCGACUAUGCCUACAGUAAUUUGCUUCCUAAUUUUUACCGGUUUGGCAUACGCGAAACAGUACGACGCGAACUCAACAGAUUUGACAAAAUGCAAAGUGCACUACACGCGUUCGGAGGGCUCGUACAAAGACUUCUACGAGAUCGCCAAUGAGGCGCACGGAAACGAGACGCUUUUGGACUUUCACUUUUCAGUUUUGGCACCGAGCGACGCCCACAUACUGUUUACACCGUCAACUAAAUUAAAUAAGGGAGAUCCUGCUUAUGAGAUAGUAUUGGGGGCCGGCGGUAACAUGUUUUCCGACAUUCGACGCGCACAAAAAGCGUCGGUUAAAGCGUCCACUCGACUUAAAAACGUGCUGUCGUCGCUCGAUCCCCAAUCGUUCUGGAUCCACAUAUCAAAACUCGGUCUCAUUGAAAUUGGGCGCGAAGGUGAAGAACUGGCGUUCCUCUCUUGGAAAGAUAACGACCCGUUGCCGAUAAAGUACUUCAGCUUUGGAACGUGGCCUGGAGUUGAAGCCAAGUGGUAUUACGAUUGCUAUCCCAGUUCUGGUUCAAAGGAAGUUGUAAAAGAGCUGACGCACGUUCAACGUUUAAGGCAUGAUUUAUUAAGCACUUACGAUCCGUAUAUUCGACCGGUCCUUAAACAUACCGACUUGACCAUUCUUAAGAUGCAAAUGAAUUUAAAUUACAUAUCGCUGAAUGAAUACAAAUCCACGCUAGAGCUUAGAGGAACCACAAAAUUGUCUUGGAACGAUGAGAAGAUGCGGUGGAAUGUGAGUGACUAUGGAAACACGAAAAGUCUACACAUUGUUAGUCGACAAAUUUGGCAACCUGAUUUUGUCGUAUACAACGCCAUAGAUUUAAUGGGAAGGGACGUUCUUGGCGACCACGUUAUGGUUGUAACGCAUGAUGGCACUGUCCAAUGGAAUCCACCUAUCCGCAUAAAAGCCUGGUGCAACAUAACCGACUUGGGGCACUGGCCCAUUGACACGCAUUCCUGUUUGGUAUCCUUGGGGGUGUGGAACGAAUUUGAAUUUAUUCAACUUCACUUUAAUAAAGAGGAAAGCGACAUUCUCGGCCAACACUUCCAAACUGAAUGGGAAGUAGUAGACGUGACAAUUAUAGCCAAUUUUUCUUGGGAUUUUAAGCAAGCUAACAACACAAAACCCGCAUUUUUUAAGAUUCUGUUUACAUUGAAACGUAACUCUAGCGCUUACAGUUUGGCCUUUUUUACUCCUUUUUUGGUUGUUGCCUGUGGAAUGCUAUUGACGUUUUGUGUUUCUCCAUUUGGACAUCUAAAGAUAUCGUUGUGCUGCCUCCAGUUGGUUAUAAUCUCGUUGGUGCUUGUCAAUCUUGCUGAAACCAUACCGAUACUUCCAGAUAGAGUUCCGUACUUAGUUUUACUAUACAGCUACUCUUGCUUCGCAAGUAUCCUUUGCAUCAUCAUAUCAAUCUGUGUAAUCAACCUAUCAAGAUCUACAUAUGAUUCACCAGUACCACACUGCAUAUUUACAUUCCUCACCGCUACUCCCACACGUAUUAUUUUACUUCUUCCGCGAGCACAGGUUUCUACUCAUUAUGGUAAAAUAGAUGACCUUCCCAUCUUAAGCAGCGACGAGAACGUUCAAGAAACAUGGAUUUUGCUAGGGAAAGUAAUUGAUAGGAUCUGCCUUUAUGUCUACAUUAUAUUGAUUAUGUACGCGGUAUGUUCGCAGUAUUAAUAUCUUCAAGGUGUAUUACAUUUUGUAAAAGUCAUUUUUAUACCAACCUGCAACCAAAAAUAAAGAUAAACAUACA